CCCGGGCUCUGUCCGUGUUUCAUGGGUGCAGCUGCCAGCGUUGGCAUUUCCAGGGGCACUGGCGGUGCCCGGGAGGGGCGGGAUGUCCCCAGGGUGUUGGUGACACCGGUCACAGGAGCUGCGCGUGGUCUCAGCUGAUGGGUGGGGGUGAGCUCCCUUCUCCCCCAGGCCCCUUUUCCUUUCCGGGGGCCCUUUCGGGGCUUUUCGGUGUCCCCGCAUCCCGCGGUCCCCCGCGAUGUCCCCGCACCCUCCCGGAUCCGGGCUCGAACCCGCGGCCCUGUGAGACCGGGGAAGCCCCGCCCCUUCCCCACCCACUCGACGUUUCUCACUUUCUAUUGGCUACUGUUUGUGCCAGUCACGGCUGCCCCGCCCUGUUAUUUGCACCGCCUCCUCUCGGUGCCCCUCCCCUCGCACGCACUGAUUGGUCAGGUGUGAUGUCACUGCCACUGCUUCUCUGCGUUCAUUGGGUAGAGCUGCUGUCCAUCACGCAGCUGAGGCAGUGGAGGCGGUGGCGGCCAUUUUGGAGCAGGGCGCGGGGCCGCACGCAGCGGCGGGAGCGCAGAGCCUCCCCCCUCCCCGCCAUGGCAGCCCCGCUCGGUACCGGCGCCUUCACGGAGGAGACCGGGCAGGAGAAACAGGGCUCAGAGAAGGCCCCAGGGCUCUCCCCGGAGAGGGCAGAGGAGGAAAAGCUCAAGGCCAAAUAUCCCAACCUGGGCCAGAAACCCGGGGGCUCUGAUUUCCUCAUGAAGAGGCUGCAGAAAGGGCAAAAAUACUUCGACUCUGGCGACUACAACAUGGCCAAGGCCAAGAUGAAGAACAAGCAGCUGCCAAGUGCUGGCCCUGACAGGACCCUGGUGACAGGAGAUCACAUCCCCCGGCCCCAGGACCUGCCCCAGAGGAAAUCCUCGCUGCUCACCAGCAAGCUGGCAGGGUAGCUGCCCUCCCACCCGGGGCUGCCCCCUCUUUUGGUCUCUUCUUUUGGCUCAAGGGGUUGAAUUUCGCUGGGCAGUUGGGAUGGCAGCAGCAGAAAUGUUUGAGGGUUGGCAGCAAAGGCAGCCCAGAGCUGGCUGGGGGCAGGGCUGGGCUGCCCCUUCCUCCCAGAGAGGCUCUGCCUUAAGUUUGGCUGCUGGGUGGAACCAGCCUGGCUGCCAGAGCCACUGGGGCUGUGCCAGGGCCUGUGCCAGGAGCUGUGCCAGGAGCUGUGCCAGGAGCUGUGCCAGAGCCACUGGAGCUGUGCCAGGAGCUGUGCCAGAGCCCCUGGAGCUGUGCCAGGGGCUGUGCCAGAGCCACUGGAGCUGUGCCAGGAGCUCUGCCAGAGCCCCUGGAGCUGUGCCAGGAGCUGUGCCAGGAGCUGUGCCAGGAGCUGUGCCAGGAGCUGUGCCAGGAGCUGUGCCAGGGGCUGUGCCAGGGGCUGUGCCAGAGUCACUGGAGCUGUGCCAGGGGCUGUGCCAGGGGCUGUGCCAGGGGCUGUGCCAGAGCCACUGGAGCUGUGCCAGGGGCUGUGCCAGGAGCUGUGCCAGAGCCCCUGGAGCUCUGCCAGGACCUCUGGAGCUGUGCCAGGGGCUGUGCCAGGAGCUGUGCCAGGAGCUGUGCCAGAGCCACUGGAGCUGUGCCAGGAGCUGUGCCAGAGCCCCUGGAGCUCUGCCAGGAGCUGUGCCAGAGCCACUGGAGCUGUGCCAGGAGCUGUGCCAGGAGCUGUGCCAGGAGCUGUGCCAGAGCCACUGGGGCUGUGCCAGGGGCUGUGCCAGAGCCACUGGAGCUGUGCCAGGAGCUGUGCCAGGGGCUGUGCCAGAGCCCCUGGAGCUGUGCCAGGAGCUGUGCCAGGGGCUGUGCCAGAGCCACUGGAGCUGUGCCAGGAGCUGUGCCAGGGGCUGUGCCAGGGGCUGUGCCAGGGGCUGUGCCAGGAGCUGUGCCAGAGCCACUGGGGCUGUGUCUGGAGCUGUACCAGGGGCUGUGCCAGGAGCUGUGCCUGGAGCUCUGCCAGAGCCCCUGGAGCUCUGCCAGGAGCUGUGCCAGGGGCUGUGCCAGGAGCUUGGCUGAAUUUGGCCAGAGGGACAAACCCAGAAGAGCUUGGCUGAGCUUGACCAGAGGGACAAACCUGAAGAUCUUGGCUGAAUUUGGCCAGAAGGGCUUGGCUGAAUUUUGUCAGAGGGACAAAACCAGGAGAUCAUGACUGAAUUUGGUCAGAGGGACAAACCAGAUGGGCUUGACUGAGUUUGGUCAGAGGGACAAAACCUGAAGAGCUUGGCUGAGUUUGGCCAGAAGGACAAAGUCAGAAGAGUUUGGCCACAGAGACAAAACCAGAGAGGCUGCACUGAGCUUGGCCAGAAGAGCUUGCCUGAGCUUGCCCACGGUGUCUCAGCUGCCUCAGGGCCAGGGGACACUUCCUCUGUCCCUGUCCCUCGUGGCCCAGGGGGUGAGCCCAGCUCCUGUGGGCCAGCAGAGCUGGGAGCUGAGGGCAGCAGGAGGAGCUCAGGGCACAGCAGAGCCCAGCCCUGGGUGCUCUCCCGGCAGCCUGGGGGGGUUUGUGCUGCUGGGGCUGAUCUUGGAGGGAGGGAGAGAGGCAGGAACCCCCCAGAAAGGGAUAAAAGUGGGAAGGGUGUGGAGGCAAAGCUGUGCUUUGGAAGGGUUGGGCAUCCCAAGCUUGGAUUUGGGGUUUUUUCCCAAUUUUUUUUAUUCCUUUUAUUCCUUUUUUAUUCCUUUCUUGUGUUUUGUCUCAAGCCUGGGUGGGGGGGGGAAUAACAAAAACCCCAAAUGAACACCAACAUCAGAACAAAAAACCCCAAAUUUAACAACCUAUUGCUGCAGAGCGGGGCUGGGGGUGGCACUGUCCCCUCCUGGUGCCACUUCUCCAUGCAGGGACAAAUUUGGGCACAGCUGUGCCAGGGCAUCCCAAAACUUUGAUUUAUUUUUUUCCCUUCUUGUUUUUCCUUUCAAACCUGGAAGGGGAAAAACCCCAGAACUCCCAAAUUGGGGGUUAAUAUCAGUAUCAGAACAAAAAACCCCAAAUUUUAGAACCUGCAGAGCCAGGGCUGGGGGUGGCACUGUCCCCUCCUGCUGCCCUGGUGACACUUUUCCAUGCAGGGACAGGGCCUGGGGGGGGGUUGGCACCUGUCCCUUGUCCCCUCAGGGUCCUGCUCUGGCCUCCUGGCCCUGCACUCCCUCCUUGGCUGUCCUGUCUGUCUGUCUGUCCCAGCCACGUUGUAAAUAGAUGACAAAUAUAUAUAUAUAAAAAACAAAUAUAUAAAUAUAUAAAUAUAUAAUUUUUUAACAUGUUCA